UCUUCAGUUCCGCGUCUUCAAGCUCCGAUUUCCAUGGAAGCAGCAGAUGAUGCAGCCCGCAAAUAAGUUCGCAUCCCCCACCCAUUUGCCAUUUGGACAUGGCACUUUGCACAUAAGCCUCUCCCGUCCUCCAGUAACCCAAAGCCCGUACACCUCCUCGUCUGCGGCAGCCGCACCGCCGAUCGCUUCUGCUCCCGUUGAAUCGCCCCUCCUCGCGCAAUUGACCCUGCUUCCGCUGAAAUCAGGCCUAAUUUGCCGUCGUCUGCCUCGCGCGCAGGACGCGGGGGGGUGGCAUGAACCCGACGGGGCGCGUGGCACACCCGCGCGCCGUUAUGCUCCUCGCCAUCGGCGCGCUCGGGCUCUGUCUCCUAUGGGUGGAAUUCGCCGUCGUGGGCGGUGGCGGAAGCGCAGCAGACCCCGCCGUUCGGGCGGCCGUGGCCGGAAGGAGGACUCACGCCCAGGCCGCCGUGAGGUCGCCGGACGCGUGGCGCAGCCGCGAGUGGAGGCGGGAGGUGGACCACCAUGCCACCGUCCUCCGAAGACACCUCGCGGACGGCAUGCUCUCCGCGUCCUCCCACGCCGUCUGCCUCGGCGGUGCCCAGGAGGCGAUGGCGCUGCGCGAGCUCGGCGUGUUCGGCGCCGUCGCGGUCGCCAAGAAGCGGUCCCCGCCCCUCGCCGUCGCGGGAAACGACCACCAACUCCCGUUCCCGGACUCCUCCGUCGACUUCAUCUUCGCCGGACGCGCCCUCGACUCCUCCAAACGCCAGGCCGACCUCGCCACCGAGGCGGCACGGAUUAUGAAGCCGGACGGCCACCUCGUGGUCCUCACGUCCGGCGCCCGCGACGCCUACAGCCUCCGGUCCCUCCAGGCCCUGUUCCCGUCCCUCGGAUUACUCCGAUCGCGCGAGACCAACGGCCGGGAUGGCUCCACCCUCCGAGAGCUGGUCUUCCGGAAGCAUGCAGGCAUUUCCUCCUCCUCCACCACCACCAGCACGUCCUCCUCCUCCCUCAACGGCAACAAUCGCGCGAGCAACUGCACGUAUCGCGAUCACAAGCACCGAAUCAUCGACCUCGCCGAGCCGCUGAUCCAAGAAGAGCCGGCGAAGCCAUGGAUCUCGCUGAAGAGGAACAUCAAGAACAUCAAGUACCUGCCAGCGCUCGCCGACAUCGGCUUCAAGCGCCGGUACGUGUACGUCGACGUGGGCGCCCGGAGCCACGGCUCCAGCAUCGGCAGCUGGUUCCGGAAGCAGUACCCGAAGCAGAACCACACCUUCGAGGUAUUCGCCGUUGAGGCCGACCCUGCGUUCCAUGCAGAGUACGCCACCAAGAAGGGCGUCACCUUGCUGCCCUACGCCGCCUGGGUCCGGAACGAGACGCUCACGUUCGAGAUCAACGGCGGCCCGGCCGGCAAGAAGAAGGGCGCCAACAGUAACGCCAGAAAGCCUGGCGGCCGUGGCAUGGGCCGCAUCAGGACCGCGGCCGGGGCGAUCAACGGGGUGUCGUCCGGCGAGUUGCGGCGCGUCCCGGCGUUCGACCUCGCCGAGUGGCUGAAGCGGACGGUGUCGGAACAGGACUUCGUGGUGAUGAAGAUGGACGUGGAGGGCACCGAGUUCGACCUCAUCCCGAGGUUGAUCGACACGGGGGCGAUCUGCCUCGUCGACGAGCUGUUCCUCGAGUGCCAUUACAAUCGGUGGCAGAGGUGCUGCCCUGGCGUGCGGUCGCCCAAGUAUGAGAGCACGUACGGCGAGUGCCUUGAGCUGUUCACCUCGCUCAGGGACAGUGGCGUGCUUGUGCAUCAAUGGUGGUGAUUAGUUCAUAACUGACGCCAUCUUGAACCGUAAGCCUACAUAUGGCGGAUUUCGGUGUGUUUCUGUAGUUUUGAUGAUUGAUUAUUGUAGUUACAUGACGAGAUGAGGAAUAUAUUGCAGACUGACUUUCAGGCAAAGGUAUUGGUGAGUGUCACUAGUGUCCAUGAGCAACUGAAUCAUUUUUAGGCUGGUUUACUGUCCACUUUUGUAGCCUUCAUUCAUUUGGGAAGUAAUAGUGUUUACCUGCCAACUCUGUUCUGAAAUGACAGUAGAAGCGUAACUUGCUGCUUCUUUUAAGUUAUCCAUGA